AUGCCGCCGGCGGACAAGGGCGCUUGCUCCAACAAGCUAAGACUAGAGGAAAUGGGUGUCCUUCUUUGGGAAAAAAGACUAUUCACCGGUCAUUCACCUGCUCUGCAAAAAGAGAUGAGACCCUUGUUGAAUAAGAUCCGCUUAACGUCUAGAAAAGAGGGUGGGGAUGGCCAGGAUGUGCUCUGGCAACAGUUUCGGGACAGCUGGCACAAAACGCUCAAGAAGGUCUAUUUGCGUCACGAGCGUAAUGUUCGUCCAGAUUUCCUGAUGUGGAUGCUGGCGGCUGUCAUCGAGCUAGACUUCCGUAUAACCUACUUCAAGGUCAAGAACAGACUUGAAGCACCCAAAAUGUCCAAAUUCGACAAGGCUAGGCAGGCGAAGGCUCGUGCCCUGUCCAUAGAUGAGGCCAAGCAAAUGGUCACAAGCGAGGUGGAGCUUGGCGAGAUCCGUGUCCGGUCUUUCAAGACUGUCGACACUCACUACAUUGUCAAGAUCAAGAGGGACAAGGGCUUGAUUGUAUCUUGCAGUUGCUUCGACUACAUCAGGAACUGGAUCCCUUGCAAGCAUAUGUACUUGGCAGAACAAGUAUUUCGUCCUUACAAUGUCGAGGUCCAGCAGGUUCCAGAUCAAUUUCCGGAGGAGCCAGAUGUACCAGAGCCAGCGUCAGCGGAGCAUGACAACUAAAGAGCGCUCGAUCAAGAGCUCGAUCAGCUUGCCGACAAUGUUGAAAAAGAGCUCCAGCAACGCUUUCCCGAAGCAUGGGAGAUCCUAACGGCACAGAGAUUCGCGGCAGAGGAGGAGGAAAUGCUGAGGCGAGAACAGGAGGCAGCGAAUGCAAGGGUGGAGUGCGAGGAGAGAAUCCAACGCAGCCUCGAACAACCUGCCACUCAUGUCAACAAGAGGCUGCGAGUGUGCAAAUUGACACAACUUCAAGACUUUACUGGUGCAUUGGCAGGUCUGUGCCAUCAUGCAAAGGAAUUGCAUAUGCCUAGAGCAGGUCGUGCGUAUCAAUAAAAGUCGCUCUGGCGUCGAUGUAGAGUGCCAGGGCGUGAUGACAGGAAUGAAGGCGAAGAGCUGGGUGGGACACAUUGGCAUCAGGC